AUGGCGUCCACUUCCACCAACGGCGCCUCCGCCGCGUCCACCUCGGACAUGACGUCGCGCGACUACUACGCCGACUCGUAUGCGCACUUUGGCAUCCACGAGGAGAUGCUCAAGGACGAGGUGCGCACGCGCUCGUACCGCAAUGCGAUCAUCAACAACCCGCACCUGUUCAAGGACAAGAUCGUGCUCGACGUCGGAUGCGGCACCGGCAUCCUCUGCAUGUUCGCCGCCAAGGCGGGCGCCAAGAAGGUGAUCGGCGUCGACAUGAGCAACAUCAUUGAUCAGGCGCGCAUCAUCACCGAGGUCAACGGCUUCAAGGACACCAUCACGCUCGUCAAGGGCAAGCUCGAGGAGGUCGACCUGGGUCUUGGCCCGGACGGCAAGGUGGACAUCAUCAUCAGCGAGUGGAUGGGCUACUUUUUGCUCUACGAGUCCAUGCUCGACACGGUGCUCAUGGCGCGCGACAAGUACCUUGCGCCCGGCGGCAUGAUGUUCCCGGACAAGGCGACCAUGUACCUGUCUGCGAUCGAGGACCAGGAGUACAAGGACGAGAAGAUCGGCUUCUGGGACGACGUUUACGGCUUCAACUACUCGUGCAUCAAGGACAUUGCGCUGCGCGAGCCGCUCGUCGACACGGUGGACAUCAAGAGCGUCGUGUGCGAUCCGUACCCGAUCAAGCAGCUCGACCUGCUCACCGUCACCAAGGAGGAGCUGGCGUUCGAGUGCGACUUUACGCUCAACGCCACGCGCGACGACUACGUGCACGCCUUCCUCGGCUGGUUCGACAUCAGCUUCGACGCGUGCCACAAGCCCGUCCAGUUUUCGACGGGCCCGCACUCGCGCUACACGCACUGGAAGCAGACCGUCUUCUACACCAAGGACGUCCUCGCUCUCAACCAGGGCGACGCCGUAUCGGGCAAGCUCGUCUGCAAGCCCAACCAGCGCAACAACCGCGACCUCGACAUCACCAUCGACUACACCGUCCACGGCGCCACCGCCGCAUCAGGCCGCAUGGAGUACAAGAUGUCCUAG